AUGAGAAUCAAAUGACAUUACAGUCAUUAAUAUUGGACAUAAUCGUGAGAUUCACUUUAGAAUUUGACUUAGUAGAUAGUGUCUCUCCAACUCCCGUAAUAUUAAAUUCGACAGGACAUUGUGGAAGUUGCAACCUUUCAGCCAAUUCUCGAGAAAUGAAAUUACUUUGGGAACCAGGAUCAAGCAGAGCACGAACUAACCAAGAUCUUCCAUUAGCAUCAAAAACUUUAACCUUUGCUGUUGGAAGAAUCGAUAAUGUAGCAGCAUUUGUACUAUUCAUAAUAUGUCCAGAAGUAACCAUCGGUAAAGAAUUUUUGGCUGUAGAAAUUUCACAUUCAUCUUCAGUUCUACUAUUAGUAGUACUACUACUACUAGGAGUAUUAAGUAAAUUAUUUUGAUUAGGUUGUUCUACAGA